CCUCCAUUUUGUAAAACAAGAUUUAAGAAAGUGUUGUAUUUUUUAAACAAUUUCUGAUUUUUGCACCAAGAAGAAGAGCUGUUUUCCUUUCAGAUGAACCAGGCAGAAAAAGGAGAAGAGGGAAAUAGAGAGGAGUGGAUGACAAAGUUAACAGACAUGCGAUUUCAGAGGGCAGACAUGAACCGUUUGAUCAUGGACUACCUUGUAACGGAGGGCUUCAAAGAGGCUGCCGAGAAAUUUAAAAUAGAAUCCGGCACGCAGCCUUGUGCUCCGUUGGAAAAUCUCGACGAAAGGAUUAAAAUAAGAGCCGCUGUCCAACGUGGAGACAUCGAAGAAGCAAUCGCUCUUACAAAUAAGCUAAAUCCUGAGAUACUUGACUGUAAACCGCAUCUGUAUUUCCAUCUUCAGCAACAACGCCUAAUAGAGUUAAUUCGUGACAAAGACAUUGAAUCGGCAGUUGAUUUUGCCCAGAACCAGCUUGCUGAACAAGGCAAGGAAUCUCCCGAGUUUCUGGAUGAACUAGAGCGAACUAUGGGUUUGCUGGCGUUUGAUAACCCAGAGGAUUCGCCAUUUGGUGAAUUGCUGUGUCUUUCACAAAGACAAAAGGUGGCUAGUGAAUUGAAUGCUGCCAUUCUGGAAGCAGAACACAGAGAAACCUCACCCAAGCUGUCUAAUUUGUUGAAACUGUUGUUGUGGGCACAAACAGAGUUGGACACUAAGAAAGCAAAGUUCCCCAAAAUGGUAGAUGUUGCAAGUGGUACUUUUGAUGGUUCACUUUAAGUAAACAAAAAAAAAAAAAGACUUGAUGAAUGUUGCAACAUGAAAGGCAUGUCUUCAACUACUAAAGCUGAACUUUGCACAAUAGACAUUGUUCUCCUCUAAUCAAGGGCUAACCCGUUCUAGCCUUGUGCUCUUGAGAGCAUGUUUUGUGGUGGUGUGCAAAUAUUUCUAUGUUGGUUAAACUAAUUUUUUAAGAAAGUAUGGUUUAACUCUAGUAACUCAUGAACUUGUGUACUCAAUAACAGGGCUGUACAAUACUCAUGGAAUAGUUUUAAAGUUUUUUUUUUGUUUGUUUUCAAGGGAAAAGGGUUAAAUGUGCCUGCAAGUUUUAUCGAUAUUGUCAAUUUAUGACAAAAUCUCAACCUUAAAACUGGCAUGAACAAUUGUUUAACUGUUUAGACUUUGAAAAGGAGACGAGUAGGUUGCUAAAUUUUUUUCCCUUUUUUUAACAAUAAAAGAAAACUGCAUUUGGUUACAUGA